CAGAAAUAGUCUGCCCAUCAUGUAAGUCCUCCUCUAGCAAAACAUUGGCGCUACAUCAUAGGGUUGCUAACAUGCUGAAUCUGUAAGGUUCGGGGGUACUUUUCGCUCAUUCUGGCAUACUAUGACCAGUUAUGAUCGCCACUCCUCGUACGAUUCCCCUCAUCGAACAGGUGGCCACGUACCUUUAAAUAGACGAAACACCCUCACAUCCGUCGCCACGGCCUCGGAAUCUCGAGCAGAUAUCUCAUCGCCUUAUAUCGAUGAACUCGGUCGGUUAUCUGCCGGCGUGGACGGUACUACUUAUACUGGCGCCGGCAUAUCACCCAUGUCCCCCGGUUCCAACGGCCCAUACUCCCCCGGGUUACGAUCCUUAAGCGCUCAACAUCAAGGCUCCAGAGAUGAUGGAUUCGAAACCGUCAGUAGUCCCGGAGAGAUUCCGAUGCAGUCGUUUGCGGAUGGUGCCCCACCCGCGCCUCCCGUCGAGCAUUCUUGGAGGCGCAUCGAUCGUUGGGCUGAAGAGAACUAUCCAGAGUUGUAUGAUCAGUUAUGCGAAGGAUGCACAAACAAUGAUUUGAACGAAUUAGAACACCAAUUAGAUUGUACACUGCCUCCGGAUGUUAGAGACUCCCUGGCAAUCCAUGAUGGACAGGAACGUGGUGGUAACCCUACCGGUAUCAUUUUCAGCUGUAUGCUCCUAGAUUGUGAGGAGAUGGUUCAGGAGUGGGACCAGUGGCGGAAAGUGAAUCAGCAGUAUCUACUGGAAACGAGCACCCCGAAACCUGCUGUGCCUUCCAAGGCAUUUGGCGGCAGCAGCCAGGCAUCAUCCUCCAAGUCUGCUCCUGGUUCUCCCAGUUCCCAGAAAGAAUCGUGGAGACAUGAACUUCAGGCUCGCCAGGAUUCUGUGCCCCAAGGGGCUGUUCAGCGAGCCUAUGCUCACCCAGCCUGGAUUCCUCUUGUACGAGACUGGGGUGGCAACAACUUGGCGGUGGAUCUUGCUCCCGGACCCGCCGGUACAUGGGGUCAGAUCAUCCUGUUCGGUCGGGAUUACGAUACCAAAUACGUUGUCGCAAGGUCUUGGGGAGCCUUCCUCGCUAUCGUCGCUGAUGAUUUAAACAGCGGUAAAUGGUUUGUGGACGAGGACACCAAUGAUCUGAAGCUACGCGAGUUUAAGACGACCCGCGUUGAGCCGCCCUACUUCGAUAUUUUGAGGUGGAGGAUGGACCAGAAACAUGGGCGCAGCGCAAAAGUGAUCGCAAAGCGAAGGUCGGCAGUUAUCGGCAGUACCACUUCUCCUGGAGGAUCACCUUAUACUAGCCCUGCUGACGGGGAGCCUCGCGGCCGCACGUUGCAACGGCUGAGCAGCCCUUCACCCCUGGGAAGCCCUAACCGACCCGGCUUUGGGAAGCCCAGCCCUCUCGCACGAGUCACUGAGGAAGCAUCUCUCGCCGCAGAGUCCAAGCUCGGCGUUGACUUAAUCAAGUCACCAAAGCUUGUGGAAGUUGAAACCCCUCGACCAAGCAAUGAGGUGGUAACCACUCCCAAACUUCCGCCGGCUACGGAGGAGAAAGAGAAGGAGCCAGCACCAGCAAAGGCGACAACAGAAAAUGGUAUCAGCCAGCAAGAGCUGGAAGAAGGAAUGAAGACCAUUGAAAUCUGAUAUGAAGGUUCAACGACCGGCGACGACAGGCAUUGUACGACGACUACUUAAUAGACAGCAAGAGGAUGGCGGUCAAGGAUCAGGCCUAUUGCGAAUCGACAUUACAACUACUCAGCAAAGUUGUCUUGUUCCUUGCUUUCCUGGGGGCACAGUCGCUU